CUUACCUUCCACACCAUCUUCUCUGCAUCUUUCCAAAUUCUCUUCUUUUUUAGCUCAUCGGUCAAAGUUGUGUGGAGAAGCUAUAUUUCCUAUAGAUUUUUGGCGAGUUUAGUUGAGAAUUUUGUAAUAUGUCUUUUUUGUGAUUAUUUUAUUGAUUCGAGCAUGGCCCUGGUGAGUGUUGCGCCCGUAAUAACUCAAGGACUGAAUUCGAUGAGGGUUUGUGACGUUAGAGCUCCAGGGAUCAUGUCGAGUCGAAGAGAACUCGUGGAGGAGACGGUGGAGGAUAUAAUUGAAGAGAAAAUCUAUGUCGCAGUUGGGAAAGAUGUGGGAAAAUAUAAAUCCCUUUUAAUCUGGGCUUUACAACAUUCGGGAGGGAAAAAGAUCUGCAUAAUUCAUGUUCACCAACCGGCUAAGAUGAUUCCAGUUACUGAAAUGGGUACAAAAUUUCCAGCUAGUAAACUCAAAGAACAGGAAGUCAAGGCAUACUGGGACAUUGAAAGAAAACAAAUGCAGGACAUCCUGAAUGAGUACCUUUUGAUUUGUCUCCAACGUGGGGUGCAAGCAGAGAGGCUGUACAUCGAAAUGGAUUCUAUUGAGAAGGGCAUUUUGGAAAUGGUAUUUGAGAAUGGUAUCCGGAUGCUAGUAAUGGGAGGAGCAGCAGACAAACAUUAUUCGAAGUAUAAACCACAUAAGAAAGCUGUUGACCUCAAGUCCAAGAAAGCCAUCUUUUUGCGUGAAAAUGCACCUUCUACCUGCCAUACAAUAUGGUUUCUCUGCAAGGGGCUUCUUAUCUACACAAGGGACACAAGUUCAGAUGUAACUGAUAGAAAGGUUGCAGCAUCGUUGCCAGCAAGUCCAAACCUUGAAUCUGGGCAAAAUCACUUCAGGUCACAAUCUGUGAUACUGCAAUCAACUAGUCAAGUAAAACCCUCUACUAUUGCCCCGGAUUCAUUACUUAGAGCUAGAUCUGCAAAUGUUCAUGGGCGUGUGAGAAGUUUACUGGACUUUACUUCUCCCCGUGGUACUGAAGGGAGAUCAACUCCACAAAGAAGAUCUGAUGUAGAAGGGAGUUCUGAUGCAUGUGAUAGUUUAUCCAGAAGAAGUCCUCAGAGUUCAGUUUUUUCACCAUGUUCUUACAAUGGAAUGGCUGACGCAGAUUUGGUCCCAAAUGAAAAUGGAUUACAAUAUAGUUUAAUUCCUCGGGCUGAAGGGAAUUUUAAUCUAUCAUCUCUUCCCAGUGUUCUGGAUGGAACCGAUGAUACUCUGUAUGACCAACUUCAACAAGUAAUGGCUGAGGCAACUAACUCAAGAAGAGAAGCUUUUGAAGAGGCAAUGAGGCGUGCAAAAGCAGAGAAAGAUGCUCUUGAGGUUAUACGCAAGGUCAAAGCAUCAGAAAAUUUGUAUGCGCAUGAGGUAAAGCAAAGGAAAGAAAUUGAGGAAGCAUUAGCAAAAGAAAAAGAGGAACUUGAGAAGAUGAUGAACCAGCGGGAUGAGGUCAUGAUAGAAUUACAAGUUGCAUUGGAUCAGAAAUCAUCACUGGAAAAACAAAUUGCUGAAUCUGAAAAGGAGGUUGAGGAGCUCGAAGAGAAGAUACUCUCAGCUGUUGAACUUUUGCAGAAUUACAAGAAAGAAAGAGAGGAGUUGCAGAUGGAGCGAGAUAAUGCACUCAAAGAGGCUGAAGAGUUGCGGAAAAGUCGAGCUGAGUCCUCAAGUGCACAUAUGCAUCAGUCUUUCACUGAGUUCUCUUUUGCAGAGAUCGAGGAAGCAACUCUUAACUUUGAUCUCUCCUUGAAGAUUGGGGAAGGGGGAUAUGGAAGUAUUUAUAAGGGUAUUCUGCGUCAUACCACUGUGGCCAUUAAGCUGUUGCAUUCUAAUAGCUUGCAAGGCCCAUCGGAAUUUCAACAAGAGGUUGAUGUUUUGAGUAAGAUGAGGCAUCCAAAUAUGGUCACUCUCAUUGGAGCCUGUCCUGAAGCUUGGACUCUUGUUUAUGAAUAUCUUCCCAAUGGAAGUCUUGAAGACCGACUUAGCUGCAGAGAUAAUUCCCCACCUUUAUCAUGGCAAACAUGCAUCCGUAUUGCUACCGAGUUAUGUUCUGUGCUCAUCUUCCUUCAUUCUAGUAAGCCCCAUGGCAUAGUGCAUGGAGAUUUGAAACCUGCAAACAUUCUACUGGAUGCCAAUUUUGUUACUAAACUGAGUGACUUUGGAAUCUGUCGUCUGCUAAGCAACAACACAACUGUCUGUUGUAGAACUGACCCCAAGGGAACUUUUGCGUACAUGGAUCCGGAGUUCCUUUCAACAGGAGAACUUACCCCAAAAGCUGAUGUUUACUCAUUUGGAGUCAUUUUGCUCCGGUUGUUGACUGGAAGACCAGCCUUUGGUAUAAUAAAGGAACUGCAAGAUGCAUUAGAUAAUGGAAAUUUGAUGCAACUCUUGGAUCCUUUGGCUGGAGAUUGGCCUUUUGUUCAAGCGGAGCAAUUGGCUAAUCUAGCAUUGAGGUGCUGUGAAAUGAACCGGAAAUGUCGACCAGACUUUUCAACAGAUGUGUGGAGGGUGCUUGAACCAAUGAGGGCUUCAUGUGGAGGCUCAUCCUCAUUUCAGCUGGGUUCUGAAGAGCAUUGCCAACCUCCUUCCUAUUUUAUCUGCCCCAUUUUCCAGGAAGUAAUGCAAGAUCCUCAUGUAGCAGCCGACGGUUUCACUUACGAAGCAGAGGCGGUGAGAGGCUGGCUUGAUAGCGGUCACGACACUUCACCCAUGACAAAUGAUAAGUUGGCACAUUCCAGUCUAGUCCCUAACCUUGCUCUUCGAUCUGCCAUUCAGGAGUGGCUGCAACAACAUUAAAAAUACAAUACUAUCAUUUUGCUUCAAUAUAUUGUUUAUAAUUGUUUCUUAAGUAGCCAAAAGCUAGAAAAAAACAGCUGAAUUUGUCGAUUUGUAUAUCUAUAUUCCUCUUUUUUAGGCAGCUUGUUAAGAUGCAAAUGUCCAAAUGAUGGAAGAUGAAGCUGGGGAUUGGACAUGGUCUAUUACGUGCAGGGUUUUGUUUCUUCAGCAAUAGUACAGGAAACUGUUGGUUUCCACAGCUCAGUUAAAGGAAAGCAUGUAUGUUAAUGGGAUUCGCAGCGAAUGUUUACAAAAAUAAGUCUGUUAGGGAUAUUUUAGAUAUAUAUGGAAGACGAAGAUUAUACUUUUA